GAAAAAUAACAAGAACAAGAGCAAGUACAAGAACAAGAAAAAAAAAAAAAGAAGAAACAAUAGAAAUUUUAACUUCCAAAAACAUAGUAGAAUUUACAAGAAAAUAUUAUAAUUGUGCUACAGCUGAAGGAAUGAAAAUUUAAAAUGAAUAAUUUUAAAAACAAUUCGAUUUUCGUUGGGACUUAAGUAUUCUUUAUAAUGAAAUUAUGAAUAAAAAUAAAGUAUAGACUGACAGUGUUUUUUCUAUAUUUACAAUUGCUGCUUUGAAAGACACAGGCUUUUAUGCUGAAGUAAAUGAGAAUAUGGCUGAGAAAAUAUUCUGGGGUAAAGGAAAAGGUUGCGAUUUCUUAGAAAACACUUGCUAAAGUAAAAUUUAAUACGAUGAAUAUCCUCAAUUAGUUGAUAAAGAGUAAUGUUCAUUUGAUUAUGAAAGAAUUGGUAUUCCUAUAUUCUAAGAAAUAAACAAAUGUAAUAUUGUAUUAGGCUUUUAUAAUGAUAGAUUGUGCACAAAUCCGAAUAUUGUAAGUGAUUAAGAUGUAAGAGAAAAAGAAUAGGAUAAAUUAUCUAAUUAUUCAACUCAAAGUAAAUGCUUCAAAUCUACAGCUACAAAGUCCUCAUCUACGAAUUAGUAUCCAGAUGUAUCCAGAUGCCAUUAAUUCUAAUGUUCCUCAGAUGCAUCUCAAAUAACUGUUAUUUUCCCCGAGAUUGAUUUAUAAGUUUUAUGUGGAAAAGGGGAAUAAAAUAUAUAAAAGGAUAUCGAUCCAAGUGGCCUAAAAGCUUAAGGUAAAUUAACAUGUCCUUAAGAUUAUGAAAGAUUUUGUAAUUAUGCACCUAUAUGUCCAAAUUUUUGUUCCUAAAAAGGAGUUUGUGUAAACGGUCAAUGCAUCUGCUAAGACGGAUUUGGAGGAGUUGAUUGUUCCAUAGAAUGCUCCGGAGUAGUCGAUAAUAAUACUUGUUUAGAAGGAUAAUGUCCUUAAGGUAAAUUCUUAAACCCAGAUAAUACUUGUAAAUCAGAUUGUCCUUCAGGUUCAUUCGGAAAGGCUGGAAUAUGUAAACCAUGUAAUAGAAAUUGUUCUAGAUGUAAAGGACCAUCAGCUAAUGAGUGCACUUAAUGCUAAUUUAUGACAUUAUUGUAAAAAAACUAGUGUGUCAAUAAAUGUGAUGAAAAACAAGGAUAUUUUCCUAAUUAUGAUUCGGGUAUUUGCGAAUAUCUUAUGUCAAAUAUUUGUGAAGGAAAUUGCUAAAUUUGUUAAAAAAGUAAUUAAAAUAUGUGCAUUAUUUGCAAAAGAGGCUUUUAUUAUAAUGACGAUAAUAAGUAGUGCUUAAGUGAAUGUCCUAAUGGAUUUUUCGAAAACUAAAAAACUUAGAAUUGUGAGAAGCUUUCAUAAGGAUGUAUUUAAUAAAACAAUCCUAAUACAUGUUCUCAAUGCGAUACUACUAAUGGAUUUAGAAUGACUUUAGAUAAGAAAUGCACUUUAUGUUAGUCACCUUGCUCCUAAUGUGAUCCUAAUAAUUUAUCUUUAUGUUUCGCUUGUGAUGAUGAUGGUUAUUAUUUUGAUAAUGAAAAUAAAACAUGUAAAGAAAAUUCUUCAGGAGAAUCUGAAAUAAAAUGCCCUGAUGGAUGUAAGAAAUGUUCUUAAUCUGGAGAAUGCUUGUCUUCUAGAUUUUUACUUUAGGCUUAAGCUGAUAAUUAAUAAACAAAUAGUUACUAAGGACUCGUUAUUUUUAUUGUUAAUUAUGUUUUUUUUGGAUUAUUAUUGUGAUAAUUUUGAAAAAAAGCAAGAAAAAGUAUAUUUUAGUAUAUAUAUAUUUAAUUAUACAAUAGAAUAUUUUUAUUUUUUUAAAAAAAACC